AUGUCUGAUAAAGACCAAUGGGGGCAGUCCUAUCCGCCUAACAACCAGCAAUACCAUCUUCAACAGCCUCAAUACGCACCACAGCAACCACAGCAACCACCACCACCGCCGCCGAUUGAUGAGAAAGGUAGCCGUUUUAAGCCAAAGCUUAGGUUACGCGACCCGAUAUUCUUCGUUUUAUUCUUGUGUACUUUCUUCGCUUUCAUUGGUUUAAGUGGAUAUGCAUUACACGAGUGGACACAGGCUUCCGGCAUCAGCUCAGGGCUUGGUAAUACUAACGCGACUAAUAACGCGACAUUCACGAAGGAAACCGGUUAUCUCUUAGUAGUUGAUGCUGGAAUUGGAUUGGUCUUUGCAGUCAUUUACUUGCUUCUGUUGCGUAUCUUUACAAAGAUUAUAUUGGAAAUCACACUCGUUUUAUCUAUUUUAACUACUUGGGCACUUGCAAUCUACCAAUUCACUCAACAUUACUGGUCGGGUGCUAUCGUUCUUCUUAUCAUCGGUAUUCUUCAAGUCGUAUUCUACUUUGGUAUGCGUAGACGUAUUCCAUUAGCAUCUCUCCUCUUGAAGAUCGUCAUUGACAUUGCUAAACACUACCCAAGUGUCUAUGUUGUUAGCUUUAUCGGUUUGAUCGUCCAAACUGCUUGGAGUGUAUUCUAUGCGUUUGGCGUUGCAGCAAUCUACGUCGUUUGGACACCUGGUUCAGAAAUUUGUGGUAGCGGAACUGGUGGUUCAUGUUCUUCUGGCAAAGUAGCAGGAUUGGUGUUCUUCUUGACGUUCGCUUACUUAUGGGUCAGUCAAGUAUUUGGUAAUAUCGUUCUCGUUACUUUAGCAGGUGGUCCAUAUGGUGGUUGGUACUACUUUGGCCCAUACCAACAAGAUGGUAGUGGUAUGCCAAAGCACCCAACUCCAUCAGCAUUCGUUAGAGCUUCAACUACCUCUUUGGGAAGUAUUGCUUUCGGUAGUUUGAUUGUUACAUUCCUUGAAAUCAUCAAAAUGAUCUUUAGAGCACUUCAAAACAACGCUGAUGCAGCAGGCGAAAUCGGUAAAAUUCUCGCUUGUUGUGCCGUUUGCGUUAUUAGCGUAAUAGAAUGGCUUGUUAAAAUCUUUAACAAGUAUGCUUACAUUUCAAUCGCACUUUAUGGUAAAUCUUACAUAAAAUCUGCUAAAUCUACAUGGCAUCUCUUCAAGGAUAGAGGUAUUGAUGCGCUCGUAAACGACAGUCUUGUCAGUAUUGGUUUGACUUACGGUUCAUACUUCGUUGGUGUUUUAUGCGGUUUAUUCACUUACAUUUACUUGAAGACUGCAAGUGUUGAAUGGAAUUCAGAUGGUCAAUUCACUGCUCCACUUCUCCUUUACGCUUUCUUAAUCGGAUUUACAUGUAGUAUGACACUCCUUAGCGGUUUGGAUGCUGGUGUAUCAACUCUUUUCGUUGGUAUGGCUGAAGAUCCAGGUGUACUUGCGCAGCGCGCUCCACCACUCUUCGAAGAAAUUAGAAGAGUUUAUCCUCAUGUUGUACAGGGCGUUAACGUUUAA